CACCAAUCUGCAAUUCCUCCUGACAGUGGGAUUUAGAAAAUGAAGCCCAACAUUUCUGGUCAACGAAUGCUGAUGAAUGGAAGGAAAAGUUGACAAGAACCCAGUUAGAAAUUUCUUGGAUGACCGUCGGCGUUCAGGUCCCUUACCAGAAGGGGAUAAGCGAGUGGGCAGCCGGCGUAAUGUUCGCAACUGGGGUGGCUCGGACUUUGAGAUGGUAAAGUCUGGUAUAGAAAAGAAACGUUGGGAAAAAGGGUGUCCGGAAGGUGGUCUGCCAACUCAGAAAGGCACUGUGGACAUGACUUUAUUGAUGACUGGCCGGGAGAGAGCGGAGUAUGUCCGUUGGAAGAAGGAACGAGAGCAGAUAGAUCAAGAGAGGCUAGCACGUCACAAAAACUCUAAAGGAGAAUGGAAAAGAGCAUGGGAUGCAAACAAAACUGAGGACAUGUUUCGAGAAGAUUUUACUGUGGAAAAUGAGCUUGGCUUUCACAAAAGAAAAGGUGGAAGAAACACAAGGAAAUGCAGUGGACGAUUUCAGCACCAUGAUGCACGAGAUGAUGGAAAUCAUUCCGACAAGACCAAAGAAUUGUUUCCGUGGUCUGAAGCUACAGAUAACAGUAAAUCAAAGGGCAAAGACAGAUUGACUGGAAGAGCCAGAAACUUUAAAUUGGAUAUAAAAGAGAAGAAUGAAAUACAAAGAGACACUGGAGGACAAAGGGUGGAGACAGUCACAGAAGAACAUACGAAGCAAAAGGUAAAUGAAGAUGAAGAGUUGAGGAAGAAUGCUGACUUAGAUGUGGUCAUGUUUGAUUGGCAGGAGGUUGAAGAAGGCACUGAUGACUGCAUGAAUGGGGAGUGGGAAACUAUUGAGACACGUGACUCCCAGACAAGCUCCGUCAAUUGCAAAGCUGAUCCUGGAGCUCCGGUGGAUGCUGAAGGGACUGUAAACAAGCCAAAACCUUGCAGCAGUAAGUUGGGUAAUCUACCACUGGCCGAAGAGUUGAUGCAGAUCAAGCCUAUAUUGCACCAUAAUGUUUCAGGCAAAAACGAUUCUGAUUUCCUCUCAGAAAGUGGAAUUUCAGGUCAUGCUGUUCUGACAGGGAAUGACAUGCAGGACCUUGAAGAAACGGGAAAUGUGUUAAAAUAUUGUUCCUCCUCAGACUCUAGUAAGAAGUCAGUAUUGGUUGCCUCUGAUGCGAUAGCAGACCAACUCAGUACUACAGAGGAUCAUUUACCAUUAAAAGACAGAAAUCCACUUGGACUUGAGUUGUCUGGUUGUCCUAACUGUCUGGAUGGUAAUGCUGUAGUUCUGGAGAAAAAUAUAUUAAUUGCUGUUUGUGAUGAAGAAAAGAAGAGAUGUUCUUCUGCAGCUGGUAUUAUAACCAAAGGUUUGGCAGUGAGUGUGAAAUUGCAGGAUCAGCCUGCAGAGGAAGUUGCUGGGAAAUUGCAACCAGCUCUGAUAGCAGAUCGUGCAGAAACUUUGCAGGAUCACCAAGAUACCAGUUUCCCUACUUCCAGUGUUGGAAUUGUUUCUUCUGUGCAUCAUCCAGAGAAGUAUCAAGAGGAACUGUCCAAAGGAAACGUAACUGACAUUGAUUGUAAGGAAAUUAAAGAUUGAAGAAAAAUGAACUGCCAUACCGACGGUAUUAUAUAAUCAAGAUAUCGAGAUUCUCUGCUUCUUGAGUGCACUCCUCACAUCAGUAAUUUAUUAACAGUAUCUCUCUUGCAGUGUCUAAGCUAUAAGUGCACAAAUAAUAUUAAAAAAUCAGAAACCUUGUAUUAACUGAGGCCAUAUAUGUUUACUAAUUACCAAGCAGAAAUGCAAUAUUAAUUUCACUUGCUUCUCUAAUUUUAUUUGUUGCAAUUACAGUAUAUUUAAGCACUUUAUUUCUACUAUAUAAUUUUAUUUGAAUUUUGAGAAUGUGCAUAUGGUGUGGUGGUUGCAGAAUAGGUAAUGCUUGAUAGAUGGAUUCAAUUUAAAAAUAACAUUGUUCUCUAAAUGUGAUUUAAUUUAGGAUCUGGGUUUAACACGUGUUUUAAAAAUUUUUGGCCUCUUUAAGGGACAUACAGGUUUCAACAAAUGCCUGUGGACAAUAUUGAUGUGAAUUGUGGUGUGCAUUGCUGUUAUAUUUAUGCUUUGCUAACAGAAUUGGUUUAGAAGGUUGUAACUUAGUCCCUGGCAGAAAAUGCAGAACAAAACAUUAAUGUGCAUUGAUAUGACAAGGAUAGUAUAGAGAAAGCUAACUUACAUGCUCUUCAGAUAAAGUAUAAAUAGACUCUUAGAGGGUCACAGCAAAAUUAGUUUAGACUCGUCUCAGUCCAGUUUCCAGUAGACCCUGCUUAAACCUGACACCACAGUUGAUGAAUUUGACACUUCUGCUCAGACAGGAAGGUGUUCGUGUGUGUUGGGAAAUGCAAUAACUCCGUAUUAGGAGAGAAGAGUAUUCAGGCGCCAGGGCUGAUGAUACACUGGCAAGGCAGUCUGUCGAAAGGAGAUUGCUGCACUAAAUAUGAUUCCUCCAUUAUAUGUAACUCAACAACAUAUUGAGUGUUCUUCCAGCCUUGUCUCUUCAGGUGACAGCCCAUUACCCUCUGUUUUUAAAUCAUUCUUACAAGUCUACAAUCAUUUGCAUUUUGAGGAAGAAAAUAAUUUACACCUGAAAUAACAGGUACAUGGAUGCAAUCUAUUCAGUUGUAUCUUGAUAACAAGCAGUAUUAUGAUGAACCUGCAGGUUACUUUUGUUAGUGUGGCUGUAUUGUUAAGUCUGUUUGUGGAAUAUGCUGACAUCAUUUAUGGCAGAUGGCAUCACAGCACGUUUUGGUACAAAGCCACACAGAUUUAAAUCUUGGAGGAAGAAGUAGCAGCUUUUAACCAGAGUUUUCCAGGAUUGAAAUCUCUCAUACUCUCAAUAUGCUGAUACCUAUCAAUUCCGGCUAGAAAUUGGUAUCUGUAUAAGGCAGGUAGCAUGUUAGCUGAUUUAGCAAUUUCUGAAUUCUUGGAGCAUUACAUUGAGGUUAAUUUAUAACCUCUCAAAUUGUGCAUUAGACUUCAAAACACAAGAUUUGUCAUUGUUAAAAAAAUUGAAAAUAUUGGCAAUCCCAGCAUUGUGUUCCUCGUGUUAAUGAGUGAAGAACAUAGUUUUUUUUUCAAUAGGGAGCACUUGUGUGAAUACAGUGGGUUGGCGAAGAUAUUUAGGGACUGCAAUCAUGCAGGAUUUCCAGCUUUCAUCUAUAAUUAUCAUUCUUUAAAAGCAGAAAGGUUAAAUUCAUCUGAGUGAUACUGUUCAGUAUUAAAGGUUGGAUCGGAAGUGGGAGCUGCUACGUGAGAGAGGGUGGGAGACAGAGAAUGCUUUUAGAUUCAGUAGCAGGCUGAAAUAUCGGCAUAGUUCUGUGUUAAUAGACACUUUAUGUUUACACAUUUCAGUAGUGUAUAGUGUUUGAUAUUUUAUUUGUAUUUACAGUUGAAUUGAUAUUUUUGUUACUCAUGUCAUGUAACCAACAAUUAAGAUGAAGUGAGUCCUUGGAAACCACGGUUACUGAUGUACAUGCUAGGGCAUGGUUUGGAGUUUAUAUAUUUAAAGCAAUUAAUAUCUGUGGCGACCUUAGACUGGAUUGAAAGUUAGAAUAGUUCAUUUUGAAAGCUGAUAUAAAAUUCAAUGAAAUUAUUAAAAACAAAUUGUCUUGUUUUAA